AUGCCGAAAAGAAGUUUACAAACAACAAUAUUAGAUGGAAAUUUAGAAAAUAUUUCACCUUGUCAUCGUGAUAAUAUGCACAAACCUUAUUCGUCAUCGGAUUAUGAAGAUACGAUUCCUGUUCCAAUACAAAUAUUUUUAUGGCGACAAAGCAGUCCAUUUCUUAAACAAAAAUUUGGCAAUUUAACUGAAGCAUCUGCUAUUAUUUUCGAUCGAGUACUUGUUCAAAAUAUCUUACAUGGUUUAUCACCGUGUCUCACUGAUGCUAUAUCAAGUAUUCCAAGAUGGUUGUUAAUGAAAGCAGCGUUUCCACAUGUAAUACACGCGUGUUCAUCAGUCAUUGAACAUAAUCUUUGUUCGGGUCAGCAGCAACAACAAUCAUUUCCUCCGACUCAUUCGUCAUUACUUGGUCCUUCAUCAUUAUCUUAUUCUUCAACAUUUUCAACACAACUUCAAAUUCCAUCUAAUCAUCCAUUACCAAUAUCUCUUACUCCAGCAAUGAAUUCAACUGAAUGUCAAUUAAACCAAUCAUAUUUUUCUCAUCGUUUAUCGACUACAUCUAAUCAUGUAUUAAAUCCAACAGAAAUUCGUCUUUUUCAUACAUUACAUUAUCUUAUAUUACAUUCUAAUGAAACCAGUGAUCAACCAUUGUCAUUAAAUACAAUACAAUUAUUUAUUUAUUUAUUUAUUCCAUAUAUUCAUACAUAUUUACGUAAUAAUGAAAAAGAAUUUUUAUCAAAUUCUGAUCUUUCUCAAGGUAUGCGUCUUAUUUGGCAACCAUUAUUUGAAUAUCAUCAACCAGAUGUUCGUAUAUUUAAUGCUCUUGUUAAACCUAUUGUAUUAACAAAUAAUCAACAAAAACAAAGAUUUUCUAUUGAUAAUAAUAAUCGGCAUCAUUGUUUAUCAGGUGUUAUUCAAUCAUCAAUACAAAGAUCAUUAUCUGAAAAACAACAUUUAUCUGGCUUAACAAAACACUUAUCUUUAAAUGCCCCGGCUAAUUAUAAUGAAACAAGUAAUAUAAGUUGUUUUCAAUUGGAAAUAAAACCUGAAGGAAAACAAAAAUUAAGUACAUCUAUGCUUACUGAUUCGAAUGCAACAACAACAUACAAUUCUAUAGCUGAUCUUUCAGUUUAUGGAAUGACAAAUAAUGAUAGACAAAACCGAGCACCACUUGUAAAUAUGAAUUCGAUUUGUUCAGCAUCAAAUUUAAGCCGAUUAACACUAUCACCACAAACUCCAGGUUGA